CAGGUAACAGUGGACACACCGUAAAAAAGAGAAAUAGACAACGCAAAGAAGAUAGCCGAAAAUGAAAUAUAUAGUUUCUAAUAAUUCAUAGGCCUCCGUACUCCAAGAAAAAGAUAUCCUUUUUAGUUACACGCCACAAGUUCAUUUCAAGAAAACCAUGACCCAUUUUCAAUUUCCAUAAACCCAAUUCACCUUCUCAAUGACGACGACAAUAAUCCCACAAAUUUUCGCCAGUCUCACAUAUUACAAACCCACAAGAACAACCUUUUCCUCCACAAAAUUGCCAAAACCCUUUACUUAUUUCACGAAAAAAUAUGUUUGUUUCUCCCAUCAACAAGGUACUAGAUUGGGUUUUGAAUCCAGUGGCAAACUGUCACUAAAUAAAGAUCAGCUUAAUGAGAGAAUAAAGAAGAAGAAAAGGGUAGUUCUUGUUAGGUUUAACAACCUUAAAUUCAACGGCGGCGGCGGCGGCGGGAAAGAUGACGGCGGGACAUCAAGGGUUUUGGGGAAUGUUCUUUUGGCUAUUGGGUUGACUUAUCUUUCUAUGACUGGUCAACUUGGUUGGAUUCUUGAUGCUAUUGUUUCCUUUGGGCUUUUUGUGGUCAUUGUUCCAGUUGUGGGUUUUGGAGCUCUUAUUUGGUGGGCAAGUAGAGAUAUGGUUGAGAUUAAAUGUCGGAAUUGUGAAAGUGAAUUUGAAGUUUUUAAGUCUAUGUUAAAUGAUGAACCACAGCUUUGUCCCUAUUGCAGUCAACCUUUUUCAGUGGUGGGUGACGAGUUUGUAAGGGAUCCUUCGAAAACCUACAAGGAAUCUACAACAUUUGGUGAAACAUUCAGCGAAUUGUUUUCGCAAUCAAAGAAAGGGAAGGCUUCAUCUAGAGCUGUUAUUGAUGUUGAAGCCGAGGUUAAGGAUGUCGAAUAAAUAUACAUGUCAGAGCUCAUAUAAUUUUGUUAACUUGUCAAUAUGUAUUAUAUAAUUUGUUGUAAAACAACACACAGGUAGUUGUUAGAACCAAAACAAAUGUAUCAGUUCGAACUUGUUUCUUUAGAUAUGGGAGUGUCUAUAGGGGGUCAUUGUUGAUGACGCUUGCUACACGUUGCCUGCCACGUGGUUUGGACUUUGACGAGACGUUUAAUCAUGUUUCCAUAAUCCAUAUCGACCACCAAUCACAUUGCUGUCAA